CAGAAUGAAUCCAGAGACCAUGACAUUAUUGAAAAAGUAGGAGAAGCCAUAUAAUAAACUGUCAUUCUAACAUCUACGACAUGUCUACCACUUAAUGUUUGCAGAAAGUUAAUUUAAGUUUCAUACGUUGUGCUGAACAGGCAACCAUGCCACACAUAACAUGGCCCUGAACUCGCGCUUUUGCUUCACAAAUAAACGGGAUUCGGGAAACAACAUUUGCACUCUACAGUUCCGCAUUGUGAUUAUUAUGCAGUCAUUUACAGCCAAUGCGACAUCGAUAGACUAACUGGAUCAAGUGAACGCAUGUUUUUAUUUGAAAAACUAGCUGUCAUAAAGCAGAAAUUACUACGAUACCGUAUAGCUCAGCUGAAGUGAUGACCAGGUAGUGAGUUAGUGAUGGAGAACAUUGAGGAGACGCCAUUUCGGAUCACCCAUACCGUCCAAGCUCUGGGCUCCGCACUACGGGGAGAGCCUGAAAAUGUUUCUGAUGCAAAUGGUCUGGGUAGCGGGGACAGAAUCUCGAGUGAGCCGGAGAAGCUUUGGUUCAAAGAAAGCAGCGCUAAGAAUCUCCGAAACAGGGACUUCUUGUCACCCACCACGGUGCUGAAUACGCUUUAUGCAGACGGACAGAGUGGCGUCCCUGAGAGGGACAGGGGUUCUCCCUGUGGCUGGGGGGAACUCAUGGGAGAGGGGCUGAGGGUGCGGUCGACCGGACUGCUGGCGUUUCAGAAGGUCCUGAGUGACGCGUCGGUAUACCUGAAGCCUCCUUGCCAGAGACAGAGGUGUGUGAUGCUCAACUGCCCCGCCCUGCACCCCAAACCAAAUUUACCCUCCCCUGACACCCUCACGCUGGGGCAACUACGCACUGUGCUGCUGACUGACCACUUAGGGGCGCUACUGAGGAGACGGGGGUUUAUUGUGUCCUGCUGCCCUGUGCUUCCAGAGGAAAGUGACAUUGUCUUCCUCCGAUUGCUUGGCAUCGAUUGGCCCACAGUGCCCAUCAGCUGGACCAAUGACGAGAGGGAGGAGAACAUUUUGGGGGCUUUACAGAAUUCCCCUUACAGAGAAAGAGAGGAGACAGAUGGAGGAAGAAGAGAGAGUGAAGGAAAGAAUAUGGAUGGAGAUAAAGAGGAGAUGCUCAGGGUGAACUUGAAGAGGGUGUUUCAGGAGGAGCAGCUGCCAGGGUAUGACCUCAGCCUGGGCACCUGUACAGUGCAAAGGGACAGUGUGUCUCAUCUGGCUCAACUGGACAGGGCUACUGCAGGCUGCACUGUAUCCACGGCAACCGCAGUACAUGUCACUUCCUGUCAGUAUGAGUUCCGUCAGCAGCAGAUAGCAAUGCUGUGGAGAUCAAGUGGUGCAACAGUGACACAGAGGCAUCUUGUUUGUGGACCAAUGAAGACACCUGGAACUCACCUCAGUGCUGCCCAGUACCUUCAAUGGAGGCGAAGAGUGCAGAUGGAGGCCUCAGAGAUUAAGUAUGGAGAACAAGUCGAAGACCAAACUUGGGAUGACAUCAUCAAGGUCAUGACCUCAGCCACAGUGAGGUUUGAGCUGCUCUCAACAGUCCAUACGAGCCCGGUCACUCUGGAUGUGCAGAGGGAAGGCAGCGUGUCCACCAAGGGCCCCAGAGGCGGAGUCUUCGUCAUGUACAACUGUGCUCGGCUGCACACCCUAUUUGACAGCUACGAGCGAGGUGUGGGGAAAGGACUUUACCCUGAAAUCCCAGAGGACUCCCAGUUGGACUUCUCAGCUCUAAAAGAAGWGGGGGAGUGGCUUCUUCUGUUCGAUUACCUCAUUCCAUUUUCAGAGCUUCUCGACCAAACAGGACAGACGUUGGGGUGUGAUGGAGGGGCCAGAGUGAACCUGAAGACUGAACAGAUCUGCAAGUUCCUGGUGUCCCUCAGUAAGGAUUUUAGCUCCUAUUACAACAGAGUCCACGUCCUUGGGGAGCCGUUGCCUCACCUCUUCAAUCAGAUGUUUUGUCGGCUGCAGUUGUUGAGAGCACUAAGAGAGCUCUACCAUAGCGCACUAGACACUCUUCACCUUCCUCCCAUUCCACAGCUAUAGCCCCAAAUACCCCAACGAAAGCCAGAAUUAUAGCCCCAAGAACUGACCCAAAUUCCCCAACUAUAGCCYCAUGAACUGCCCAAAUAUAAGGCCCAUUAACAGACA